AUGCCGGCUAAGAAUUAUGUCAUUCGGUUUUAUUCCACGGAGAAACAGCGAGCGAAGGAGAAUCCAACCGAUCGAACUUUCCUCACCAAGCUUUGGAAACACAGAGACAUUUUCAACAGCUUCGAGUCGGACUACAAGUUCCCAGAGAGCCGACAGGUCUGGAGGAGUCGUCUGAGGAAGCCCAACUGGUCGAGACAGACGAACACCCACCUAGAGCACGAAGGGUCUGUCCUAGAAAUGUUCAACACCCCUCCCUGGAGUGCCAAGAUGUCCUCCACUCUCACCUCUCAGCAUGCAGUAGCUGUGCUGCGUUCAAACCUCUGGCCAGGAGCUUAUGCAUAUGCUUGUGGAAAGAAGUUUGAGAACAUAUAUGUUGGAUGGGGUCUGAAGUAUGCAGGGGGAGGGUACAACCCACCUGUCCCCCCACCACCACAGAAAGAAUAUCCCAGUGGACCAGAAAUUACAGAGGCCCUGGACCCAUCACUGGAGGAAGAACAGGCGCUGAAAGAAUCUUUAGAGGAGCAGCAAGCUGCCCAGGAGGAGUUGGAGAACACAGAUGAAGAGGAGGAGGAAGAUGAUGACUAAGAAAACAGUCAUACAUUUUAAAUUUCGUUUUAUCUUUGAAGUAUUUAUUUGUAAGUCACUGGCCAAAUAAAUCAGUUUAUCACGCAGCGUGGCUUGAUAUUGUAAACUCUGAUAAAUAUUAUAUAUAUUAUAUAUCUAGAUAAAUAUUGUUCAACAUCUCAAGAGGGCAGUAGUGUAAAGAUGAAGCAGUGUAAGUCAUCCAUCCAUUAUCUGUAAUUGCUCAUCCUUUGGAGGAUUGCUGAGGGCUGGAGCCAAUCUAAGCUGACAGUGGGCAAGAGGCAGGCUGCAGCUCAUCCCAGGGCUGACGCAUAGAGACCAACAACCAUUCACACCUACGGGCAAUUUAGAGUCACCAAUUAACUUGUUAACCUGCAUGUCUUUGGACUGUGGGAGGAAGCUGGAGCACCCGCAGGAACCACAGUUAUUAUAGUUUUGUAUUUUUUUUAAUUUUUUUUUUUAAUUAAUUAAUUAAUUAAUUUUUUGACUGUAGUUUCAGUUAGUUUCCAG